AUGGAGUGGCUUCAGUUGGCAGGGGGUUUGGCCACUUACAGAGACAUUGCUACUGCGCCUUUGAUCUUAGCCUCCAUCUACAGAGGUCUAAGAGAAGCGACCAUUGAGUCCAUCAACCUCAAUAAAGACCAGACAUGCUGCUCAAUGGCUGAUGAGCCUGAAGAAAGGCUGCUCUUGGCCCUUAAGGCUUGGUGGGAUCACUACCAAGGCCGAUUCGGGGCCAUAGAAGCUGCAUAUAAAAAUGUGUUCGAAGGUUGCCCUUUUUGCCCUGAGCUUGGCAAGAGAGAAAAACAAGCACUUCUAACUCAAAUAGCAAAGGAUAACAAAUUGCCAAUGAUUGUUGACUUUUGUUUGUUGUUUGUUGUUGGCACUAGUUACCAGACUUUCUGUCCAGCCAGCAAGCUGGCGACUGAGAAGGGCAAAGCUACUAGUGAAGGUUCAGGGUCUGUUGGGCCAAAAGCUCCGAUUUUUGUUCAGAGAAAGCGAAAUUUGGUGAAGAUAAUGCCUUCUGUUUUUGCGGUUGCCAAGGCUGCUAGCCCUUCAAAGGCUAGCAUGCCCGAUUCUAUUCCUGAGAUUACUCAAAGCAAGCGGGCGAGGACUUCACCUGCAAAGACUCCAGAGUCAACCACUGCUGGCCCCAGGUAUUCCUUUAAGGCUAGUUAUUUGUUGAUUCCUUCUCCUCCUUCCUCUCCAUUAGCUCCAGUGGCAUCUUCAAGCCCAAUUCCUAAUGUUGGAGAAGUUCUUCCAAAGGAAACAGCUGGAGCAGGGGAAGUGGAGCCUCAUUCUGAAAGGGCUCAGACAUGGAUUUAUGCCUCAGUAGUACUGAGGACUCAUUUAUGGCAUGUUUACUAA